UAGCUGUGUACGAAGCAGCAGACAGCAUGUAAGCACACACACCUCAGUCCUGACCAUAGACUAUAUAUCCAGCUGGCAGUUCCAUCAUGAUUCCCACGGUAUUAUUACCGGUAGCCGCAGACGCUGUUGCCGGCGCCUGCAGCUCGCGGGAAGAGCUGCUGCACAGGGCGACUACCUCUAGCAUGACGGCAUUCCAAGACAACCCCAUCACCCUGGCUAACCUUUGCGAAGCAAGAAGCAGCGGUGACGCAGACCGCUUCCGAUUGUUCUCGUUCGACGAAGGCGUUCAGGAGCUAGCGUCGUUGAAGGAUGCCGGGGGUGGGUUGUUGGUAGAGUGCUCGACGGCCGCAGAGGGACGGGAUCCCUCAGGCCUGGCAGAGAUUUCAAGGAGAACCGGUUUGGGGAUUGUGCUGGGCGCUUCGUGCCAACAGACCAACGGGACAGCCCAAUACGAGGCAUCACCAGAAACAAUCAGCAAGGAGCUUGAGCACCAGCUUCUGUUCGGGGAACACGGCGCCUCCUCUGCCGCUCCUUCCUUUGCACCUUCCCCUGCUGGCGCUGCCGUGGCGGAAUCUGCCAGUGCGCCUGCCAGGAUCCAGGCGGGCUUUCUCCUUGUCAAGCUGAGCAGCAGUUGUUGCCGCAGUCCAGCUGCAGUCCGCGUAGAGACGCCAGCAGCGACGGCUACAGCGGGGUCUCCUGCUCAAGACACCCACGGGGGACUUGGGAGAGCCGCCGCAAUCGAGCUGGAAGGUGCGGCAAUGGCGCAGCAAGCCACGGGAGCACCGCUCAUGAUAGCAUGCUCUCAUUUCGUUCGUUGGCCAAUGGUGGUGGCCGCCCUGGUGAUCGCAACCGCACACUGGGGAAGCUCACAAGACGGCACCGCUGCUGCUGCUGCUGCUGCUACGAGUAGGAAGGUUAUCGUGGCAGGGAUGCAUGGGGGCGUGUCUCAAUCUCUCCACCACCAAGCUUCGCUACUGAGCAAAGGCAUUGUAUUGUGCUUCGACUGUUUCGGGAGGGUGGAGUGGUUGCCUGGGCCGGACUACUACCCUUCGGACGAGGAGAGCGCGGUGCGGAUUGCGGAGCUUGUUCGUCAGGGAUUCGCAGAGCGGAUUAUCUUAUCGUCGGGAGUGUCAAGGCGCUUUCAUCUGUCCAGAUUCGGGGGUUACGGCUACGGCCACGCCUUGCGGACGGUCCCACCACGCCUACUACGACUCGGGGUUAGCGCGAAAGACAUCGGGCUUAUGACAAGGGAUAACAUGCUGGGCCUUCUGGACUGGUACACCCCGCCUCCUCCAAUAGAGAUCCCGAAGGAUUACUUGCCGUGCUGUUGGUGCAAGAAGCGCUUCGAACCGGUGGAGGGGGAGUACUUCCAUAAGUUUCAGUUCGUGUACUGCAACAUCAAGUGCCUGCGAGCUCAUCGAGACACCGGGUUCGAUGCUGAUGCUGCCGCCAGUAAGUAGGGCGGCGUAGCAAGGGAUCGGAAUUUCUUCUUGCCACGCCGGUCCUCAUUUAGGUGCUGCUGUAAAUUGAUAGUUGUUCUGGGAAUUGUUGCGAAUGCGUCCAUAUUUCCUUCAUGUAGUAACAAACAAGGAAUGUUUACAG